UGGUCGGCACGAGAGAGUAAAUUGCAUUUUGCAAAUGGCAGGCGAUAACUUGCGGCACAUCAACAACAGGAAUAAACACGGUGCUGUGUAAUUUUGUUAUUAAUCCAUAACAGUGUUCAGAAGCGAUAUACCCGAUGAGGAAAUUGGAAACUCGGGAGUCGUGGGGCGCCGAAAAGCUAGAAGCGCAGCUUGAAGCAGCGCGCGAUAACCUCCGAGGUCUCGAUCGAAGUAUUCAAAAGAUUCUCGGACGGGAUCCUCCCGAUGGCGAAAAUCCUCUCCAACCAGCAGCAAGGAUUGCCCAGAAACGCCCUGUACAAGAAGAUCAUCGCAGACGACAGGUUGCUGAUUUUGCAGUCCUUCCAAAUAAUUUAACAGUUUUUAAAAGGCGAUGGGUCGCCCCUCCUGGAGAACCAAAGACAGUUUUUAGUCGGCUCAGUGCUCGCAUACCCUCAAAUGCAGAUGAUAGCGCCGAUGAAGAUGACAACACUGCCAAGCCAGCUGUCUCCUCAAGAGUGAUAGCAACACCCAGAGAAAUACCUUCGCGCCAAGAGGUUAUCAGGCGAGAAAGAGUGGAUGAACGAAGUCGUCAGCGAAACAAACGAAUGUUUGGAGCCCUCCUCGGUACUUUACAAAAGUUUCGUCAAGAAGAAACUAAACUUAAAGCCAAGGAGGAUAAGAAAGCAGAAGUCGAGGCUCGAGUAGAGGAGGCUGGCAGACGGGAGAAGGAGGAGCUGAGGCGAGAAAGACAACAGCUAUUUCAGUCUCGGAAACGUCAACAGGCUGAAGUUCGUAGUUUAGAAGCUAAACUGGUGCGCAGCCGACAGUUUCAGGAGUGGCGCGCUUCUCAAUUACCGCUUACAUCAUUUAUCCGCACGCGUACUCAACCGUCUAUCUAUUAUUUACCAAAACGAAAACAUCCGCGCACAGAUUCGCUUUUAGCUCUCUCCGCGAAGGAGCUCAAUGAUGAGAUAGAAACGAGGGAAAAAGUUCUGAUGGAAGAGCUAGAGCAAAUAGAAUUUCAAGCAGGACUAGGAAAACACCUUUCCAAUGAAUCAAACAUAGUUUCGGCCGUGCAAGAAGAACCUCCAACACCUAUGGAAGAAGGCGAAGAGAAUCGAGAUCCAAAUCAUGAAGUCGAAAAAAUCGAAAAGGAAGAGGUACAAUCUUCAAGUUCUCCCACGUGCGAAUCAAAGGAACUAAUUUCGCUCCCAAUAGAUUCAGCUACAGUAGAAGUAGAAGAGGUGCAAGAAACGCAGGAAAUGCAAGAAAUGCCGGAGGAUGCCAAUAAUGGCUAGCAAUAAAUAAACUCGCUUACUCGCAUGUAUAUAUAUGGAUAUUGUACGUGGUGCCGGUGCCUGAAUGGUACAAAAAAAGAUUGUUUUCAAUUACCUUCGCGACACGAAUCAGAAUCAGCGCGAUUGGAAUAAAAUCAUGUCCAUAAUCAAUGGUUAUAUUACAUAAGUAAGAAUCUUUCACAAGUAAAAUUUUUCGGUACCGAGGCAACUUAUCUAUACAUUUUAGCCUUGAUUUGUCAAUUAACGACUUGAAGUUCGUUCUGAAAUUCAAUAACUAGCUAUAUUGUUCUAACUAUGAAUUCCAAGGUUACCACAAACCGAUGAGAAUUCAUGUUUUCUGCGCUACUUCCGUCAACAACUCGACCAUCUUGUAAUUUUUUUUUUAGCACUAGUGCUCAAAAGUCUAUUUCUACGCACUAGUAAUUAUAAAAACUACACAAUAUUCUAGGUUUUGACAAAAGAUAGCGUAGAAAAUAGAGUUUGUAGCAUGUGUACAUAUGGGGACUUAUUGACUCGAUACUUUCUACUCGUCAGGAAAGCCCUAUUUUAUGCGCACUUGCCACAAAACUAACUAUUUCGUGUUGACCCCUUGAACUGUUGUCCUCAGUGUGUUAUUUCUCGUCAGGGAACGUAACGAUUCUACGUUUCCAUUGCAUUGGAAUCAUUUAAAUGGAUAAGAUAUCAUCUAUUUUACAGCUAUCAAUUGAGUAUAUCCCGAAAUCCGUUUAGGCGGUUUAUACGACCUGUAUAUUCGACUCACUGUCGAUAGCCUGUAAGUUUAUACGACUAAUAAUUACAGUAUCUCAAAUGAA